AGGAUUCUUUCCACAUUUCAUUUGUGAUAUUAUUCUCUCGAUGGUUGGUGACUAAUGAAGAUUUCAUCAAGCCCCUCAUAUACACAUAGUUUCUUGAUAUCAUAUUGGGUUUUAGGGGAAGAUUCAUCAGGAGGGUCCAUGGAUUGCAAUAAGCUCAUCUGACAAGACGAUACAAGACUUUCCGAAACUUGAAGGUAGGUGGAAUUUCUCUUUAUUGAUUUUUAUUGUUAUAUUAAGAAAGUUCAAGAACUUUAUUGUUGAAUGGGAUUAUCUCCAUGAAAUCAAUCUUCAUCUCCAUGAAAUCAAUCGUCAUCUGUAAGACUGUUUCAUAGUGAAUUUUUUACGAGCUCACAACACAGUUGCAAGAGAAGGUAAAAUGUCCCUCCAAACACUGAAUUACCCAUCACAUUUGUUCAGUAAACUGAGUAAGCAAAUUCUGCAUAAAACAAGAAUGAAUCCAGUGUUGGUUGUAACCCCGCUACCAGAAUGGGAUAACAAACCCAGGUCUACAAAGACUUUUGGUUUAAAAUCGGCUUCUGUGAGUAAUCAGACUCCUACUAAAGGUUCUUUAUUAUGUCAGUUAAAUGCUGUGGGGAUAAUUGGAGGCGUGUCUGCUGAUGCCAGCUUGUAUUUUGCAAGAAAGCUUAUAACCCGAAGCAAUGAGGGUAACGAAGACAUAAAUACCAUUCCUUUUGUUCUCUGUUCAGAUCCGAUAUUAAAUAAGAGCCUUUUACACCACAACAAUGUGUCACAAUUGAAUGAACACACCACAAUUGUAGAAAGUUUGAGGCAUAAAAGGCUUUUUCUUGAAAAAUCAGGGGUUCGUUGUAUAGUGAUGCCAUGUCAAAUCUCACAUUCAUGGUAUGAUGAAGUUUCAAAAGGGUGUUCUAUUCCUGUAUUACAUAUGGGUGAGUGUGUUGCAAAGGAGCUUAAAGAAGCUAAAUUAAAGCCAUUUGAAGCUGGAAGUCCAUUGCGAAUUGGGGUUCUUGCCACCAAUGAUAUCCUAAAUGCAGGAUUCUAUCAAGAUAAACUUCAGAAGGAGGGUUUUGAGGUUGUUCUGCCAGAUAAAGCUACCAUGGAACACACAAUAGUCCCAUCAAUUGAAGCCAUUAGCAGAAAGGAUAUAGUAGGAGCACAAAACCUGUUGAGAAUUGCAUUACAGGUGCUUCUUGUCAGGGCUGUGAAUAUCGUCGUUCUUGCAUCGGAUGAUAUGAGGGCACUUCUGCCACAUGAUGAUCCCCUGUUGAAAAAAUGUGUCGACCCAUUGGAUUCAUUAGCUAGGUCAACCAUCAAGUUUGCUCAAUCUGCCAGUAAUGGUUAUUAAAGAUCAAAUAGCAAAAAACAUUAUAGAAUUCUGGCAUUCAUAUAUUUGUAUUGCUAAAAAAGAUAAACCUUGGUACCAUCUGUCA